AUGGGAUAUGAUAAUAGGCUUGCUGUUGGACUAGGAGUGGGUAUCCCUUCGGCAAUUAUUAUAGGUUUUUGUAUCCUCAUGUGGUAUAGAAAUGAGAGGAAACAGUCGAGAGAAGAUCGGAUGGAUAAUGAGAUUGAUUUAGGAUUGAGGGAUGAUCAACUGUUCAACCAAUUUGAGGAGGAGUUACAUAAGAAGCGUGGUGCGAGAAACAAGUCUUCAUUAACGCAGGAAGAGACAGAAGUAGAUGGGAAUGCUGAAAAAACGUAUCAGACUUCGUUGUCUAAUGGAUCUUCGUCCACCACAAAUUUUUUGGAUCGGAGAGCAAUAGCAGGGCACCAAAAAACACCAUCCUCAUAUGAUUUCUACGAGUCUGUGAUUCCUAUAUUACCACCAAACGGAUACAAUAAUGUAUCGACGCAGUCUCCGGCAAGCUCCAAUAACAAUGUUCAAUCAACUAGCAAGUUCAACAACGGGAGUAUUGUUUCUCCGCCCCACAUUCCGAACGACAAUUUUGCUAGUAGCAAUGAAAGUAUAAUAGCCUCUCCCACAACUGCAAGUAACGGCCCGGACAGAUCGUUAGACACUUUGGCUAAGCAGUUGACCGGACCGUCUUAUUUUGAGAAGUUACCAUCAAGAGCUGCUACGGUCAGUUUAAAACAACGAAACCAAAUAACCUCCAACAAUUCGAGUAGCGAUAUUCUCACGAAUAGCUUCCCUAGUUCCAAAAAUCAACAAGUGCAAGAUUCAGCUCCAGAGGUCCAACUGGGCUUUUAUUCAAAGGUGCCAAAGUCUUCAACACACAGCAAUCUUGCGGAUAUUGCUAACGGUAACCGAGUUGACACGGCUGAUGAGAUCGAUGAAUCUUUCGAAAAGACGAAUGAAGAUUCUGGAAUUUCUCCAUUAAGUAUUAGGAAGAACGAUAGUCAUGAGGCAUUUAAACCUGACGUGGUGUUCGAGUAA